AUGGUACUCUUCUACGACCACGAGUUUGAAGAGUCGGAUGUUGUGGACAUCGAUAACAUGGAGGUGAUUGAGGAUCAUGGAUUUCUAACGAGUACCGACACGAAAGAGUUUGGUGCUGCCAUCAAUAACGCACAAUUGCAUCCCAAGGUGUUCGAUGCAACAAUCACAUCAUCACAAUUGCACUUCAUGUCAAUCCUGUCGGAAGGCAUGUUCCGGGGACUUGUUCAAGAUGGCAGCGAGUUAUUGUUGGAUGGCGGGCCAAUCCCUGUCAGCGACGGCAGUUUCAUCGAUGGUCACCAUCAGGAUGCGUCUCAACGGCACAUCAAAGCAGAGGAAGAGGAUGAAGGCGAAGAGCAACCACUGCGACAGCAAUCGCAUCCACAGCAAGACAGUUUCGAGCAGGACGACCCAACGAUUACACCGUCCGAAAUCCUUCCUUCCACCCCAACAACAAGAAGACCAGAGCUCAACUUGCAGUCACCUGGGACACCAACGUCCUGUCAAAACGGAUUGACGCCGCCUGUCGCGACACCUCCGGACACGCCAGAGGCACGGCUUGCCGCGAUGAUUGAACAAGAGUUUGCAGAGUACACCGAGCGCCGAAGAAAGGUGCGCUUGCCAAAUAUUACCAUCUCGCCGCGAAAGGCGGCCGUGCGGCUGACACCAGUGCGCUCUGUUGGAGCCAUUUCCAGACCUUCUUUGCCGACCGGCAACGACGUGGACGGCAGCGACGUGGUGGACGGCAGCAAAGUCGCAACCCAACACCACUCUUCUCCACCCGACACACCAUCAACCGCAGCGCAAACAAAUUCCGUCUCAACCCAUGCGUCAGAUCCAGAAUCAGAUACAGAAUUAGACGAACCUGCUCUGCUCGAAGUUGCACCAUCCCCGCCGCCGAUCGCGACCGAGGCGGUUCCGACACCUGCACAAGCAUCAACGGCGAUGAAUGCUGAGGGCUCAACCGGCAUGCAAGACACAGAGGGCAUUUGCUACGCUGUCUCGGAGGGCAAUCUGAGUUUGGUGCGCAAGCUGCUCGCCGAGGGUGCGAACGUGAACUGCAUUGUGGCAGGUCAACCCUCAGCCCUCCCACCGCCGCUGUAUCUCGCCAGUGCGCGAGGUCAUCUCGAGCUGGUCGUCGAGCUGAUUCGUGCGGGUGCCAACCUCGACGGCGAGAAUACCGGCUAUGCAAGUCCAUUAAGGAUUGCCGCCGAACGCGGUCAUGCUGCCGUCAUUCACGAGCUGAUUCGUGCUGGAGCUCAAGUCAACCACUUGAGUGGCACACGGGAAGCCACUCCGCGAACCGCGCUCAUGUCGGCCAGCGAGCAAGGACAGAUCGAUGCCGUCAAUGCGCUGUUGCACGCCGGUGCCGACGUGAGCACGACCAUGUCAAACGGCCUGAACGCGCUCGAUGUCGCCGUUGAGAAGAACAAAGUCGAAAUAGCUGCCAUCCUAUUACGCGCAGGUUCGCACAUCAACUGGCGUGCAAUUUACAACGUGGUGCGAUCCAACGACCUAGCAAUGCUGCAAGAAUUGUUGCGACACGGCGCAGAUAUCAAGGGGAAGGACUCCCUGCUCGACGCCGUGCGUCCAGCUGCUGGCAAUGGGAUUGACAUCAAGUAUGCGCCGAUGGUGCUGGCGCUCGUUCAAGCGGGUGCCCAAGACGCGGAUGGCUUGUCGGGGUACGCGUGGGCCCGGCAUGGCAACUUGGAGAUUGUCUCCCGCUUGGUAUUGGGCGGAACCAAUUCCAACCGUUUCUUGAUGGCCUAUCUCGGGGCGGCAAGUACAGGGCAGCUUGCAGUCCUGCGGUGGCUGUUUGACGUGUCGAAAAGUCCGGCGCUUCUGAGUUCUGCUCUCUCCCACGCAUGCCAUGCGAAUCAAGCCGAAGCCGUUCGCGCGAUUCUCAUGGCUGCUGCCGCUAGCCAAAUGAAGCUGGAGGUAAACGAACCGCUCCUUGUUGCGUGCGACAGGAACUUUGUUCACGUUUCAGAAGCGUUGCUUGAUGCGGACGCGAGCCCCAACUUUGUCGAUAAGCUCGGCCGCCCCCUACUGCAUAUUGCUGUGACCCAGAAUCACGUAGCUUUGACUCGGUUGUUGUUAGCCGCUGGUGCAAAUCCCGAUGCGAUCAUGCGCUUCCAGGCGCAGUAG